AUGGCUCGGAGGAAUCCUUUGGCAAAAGAUCCUUUGCAUGACGACAGCUUGUUGAUGAUUCCACCCCCCGGCUUCAAAUUUAUUCCAAAGUCUGAAGUGAUCUGUGGCAAGGCGGGUUGUUUUGAGUGCUUCGACAUAUACUGUGAACGGUGUGAGAGCAAGGAUCGUCGCAUUGUCGAACUUGAAAUGCGAAACAACGAUUUAGUGAAAUACAUCACCCAACUACAGGCGAAGCUUUUCGGAAGUCCCUCAGUUCCUCAGAGACGACCGCCGGUCUCCCGCUCCACGCUAGGCGCUCAACCUUCUGCGACAGGCCAACCAGGGCCAGGAUAUCCAGGUUACGGCGGUGCAGUAUCGCCGCCUGCAGUUGGCGUAGCGGGAGAGCCAUUCGCCUUUAUUCAGUCUCCAGUUCUCUACGACCCGUCCAUGGACCUGUCCUACGUGGCGACUACAUCUUUCGCUCCCGCACCGCCGGAUAGCAUUGGUGGACCGCCGUCGCGGCCGGCUGGGCGCAAGUAA